GAUCGCGUGACGUCAUCCUCCGUGUAGUAGUUUUUUUUUUUCUCCUGGCGGUGACCGUCGCCAUCUUGGUAGAAGACGUCGCCAGAUACAGAGGGGGGGAAGACGACGCUGUAGGAGAGCGGAGCGCCCCCCGGUGUGUUCAGGCGGCGCCGCCUCAUGAUGCUGUGUGUGCGGUUACGUCUCCUCACCGUCUGAAGCCUCCUUCACCUCACACACAGCCGCCGCCUCCUCCUCACCGACCACUAUGGCGGCCGUCGAAGCUCGAGAAGACGCCUGCCGGGAUUACCAGUCCUCCUUGGAGGACCUGACCUUCAACAGCAAGCCGCACAUCAACAUGCUGACCAUCCUCGCCGAGGAGAACGUCCAGUUCGCCCGGGACAUCGUCACUCUUAUCGAAGCGCAAAUUGCUAAGGCGCCUAGCACAGAGAAGCUACCUGUUAUGUAUCUUAUGGAUUCCAUUGUUAAAAAUGUCGGAAGAGACUACCUUUCAGCGUUUGCUAAAAACAUAACUUCCACGUUUGUAAAUGUGUUUGAAAAGGUGGAUGAAAACACUAGAAAAAGUUUAUAUAAAUUAAGGUCCACGUGGGAUGAUAUUUUUCCGUCUAAAAAGCUGUAUGCGCUCGACGUACGGGUCAAUCAACUGGACCCAGCGUGGCCCGUCAAACCUUUACCUCCAAAUGUGAAUUCACCCAGUAUUCAUGUAAAUCCUAAAUUUCUUAAAUCAGAAGAAUCCCCUGCAAGUGCCACCUCAGCACCCAAAUCGGCACCCAAAUCUGCACCCAAAUCAACACCUCGUGCCCCACAUGUUACUGCCGAGGCACAAAAGCCCGUUCUCUCCCAGGAGCAGAUCAUUCGGCAGCAGUUGCUGAUGAAGCAGAAACAGUUGUUAGAACUUCAACAAAAGAAGUUAGAACUGGAAUUAGAACAGACAAAGGCACAAUUGGCAAGCAGUACAAGUUCUGUUUCAGUUCCUACAAAACCACAAAUUGUGCCAGAAGUUCCUCACAUCCCUCCGAAGGCUUUGCUGCCUGCUGCGACUCAGAAUGAAAAGGAAAAAGUGCUGGCGCCUCCUCAGCCCACUGACAAACCUGCAGGAUCAGCUAGAGACCCUCGACUUAACAGAGGGAGUCAACAUUCAACACAUUCUAAGGAUCAAGGAUCUAAAAAAGAAGUCAAAGCAAACCUACACCCACCUGAAACGAAACAUGCAAAGCCAAUAGCUAUUGAGAAAGUGAGCUCCUCUACAAGGCAAGAAAAGACUAAAAGUAGUGAUAAAUUACCUAAAAAGGAACCUGCACAUACGGACCAUAAAGGGAAAUCUAAAUCACCUUCUCCUAUGAAAGCUAAGUUACCACAUGCAAAGGACUCAAAGUCUACGGCUUCUGACUCCACCAAAGAGUCUGAUGCAAAUAAACGUGAUCCGAGACUACGCAAGCACCUCAGUGAUAAAGCUGAUGACAAACCCAAAGAAAUAAAGGAAAAGAGACGAAGCACAGAGAAAAAAGAGGAUCACAAAUCGUCAGAGCACCGCUCAUCAGGAAGUAGGAACAAGAUUGCUAAUGGCAUGCAGAAAAGUGACUCUAGUCUGAAUGACUCUGACAAACCAAUAAAACCAAGCAGAGCCCCCUUACGAAAGAGAUCACGAUCGCGCUCCCCGAAGACUCGAUCACCAGUGUUGUCACCCAAGAGGAGGGAGAGAAGAUCGCCCGUCAAAAGACGACAAAGAAGCACAUCCCCGAUUCCUUCACUGCUUAAAAUGGGCAAGGUGCGCCAGCCUUCCAGUAAACAGCCUCAUUCGGAAGAGUUUCUACCUACUACACGAGAUGAGCGGAGUAAAAGAAUCCCUAAGAUCGAUGCCCGAGACAACAGGAGGCAAAAGAAGAGCUCAGAAGAAAGACAGCAGGUGCCUGCAACUCAGACUUCUAUGAGGUCCAGCUCUGAGCCAAAAGAAAAUGUGGAGAACUGGCAAGAGGCAAAGACCAGCAAAAGAUGGAGGCCUGGUUGGGAAGAAAACAAAACAUCACAAAGUGGUGAUCACCAUCAAGGGAACAGAACCCCACAUGCCCGACAUCGAGAGAGCUGGCCGAACAAGGGCAUUCUCUCUCCACGAGCACCAAAGCAGCAGCCCUGGCUAAGUGCGGAUGCUAAUCUCCAAAUCCCUAAGGAAUUAACAAGUGCAAGCAAGGGGGAAUUGCUUAAAAAGGCCAACGAGCGUCUGUCAUCAGGAGAAAUUUCCCAAGAUGAAUUCCUUGUCGUGGCUCAUCAAAUUCGACAACUCUUCCAAUACCAAGAAGAGAGACGCCGAUCAUCUGGUUCUUGGAGCAGUCCCACCGAUGAUCCCAAAGGUGCUGGGGGGCGGAAGAAGCCUCUUCUUUCCAAUGCCGAUCUGAAUUAUUACCAGCAUAAAGCGAAGCUCAGAAGAACCCAGGUUCAACCUUUCAUGGAAGAGGGCUUCAUGGAUAUGGAUGAAAUGGAUCUUGAACGAGAAAAUGAGCUUGGCGAUUUAAUCCACAACAGUAUGUCACCGGGGGCGAGACCCCACAGUAUGUCACCGGGGGCGAGACCCCACAGUAUGUCACCGGGGGCGAGACCCCACAGUAUGUCACCGGGGGCGAGACCCCACAGUAUGUCACCAGGAGCAAGACCCCACAGUAUGUCACCGGGGGCGAGACCCCACAGUAUGUCACCGGGGGCGAGACCUUAUAAUGAUGACCUAGUCCAUGAAAGUCAUAGGAGACACGAUGAUCAGCGAGAUCUUUCUAAAGGCUUAAGAGAAGAGCAGAGGUUGCCAUACAAUGAACCCUACCCCCCCCAUAAGAGACCCAGAUAUCCUGAAUCCGAGCAGAUGUUUGUAGAUGAUAAAGCACUUAUUGGAAAAGAUAACAUACAACAUGUUGGCCUGCGUGAGGAGAGAAGACCAUUGCUUGAAACCCCGCCGUUACCUCUCAUUAGAGAUGGCCCUGGUGGUAAAGGAUUUGAAGAUCCAACCAAUGUGUUGAGUGCAAGAGCAGAGUCUCCUGUACAACCCUGCACACUUUUUGAAGGUGCUCCAGGUCAGAGGACAGACACCCUGUUUGAUUCCAUUGGAAAUGAUUUAGUGGAUCCCCCGAGAUUUGAUCAAUUGACUGGGCAACCAGUUAACCAAUCCAUGCAGAGAUUUGAUGGACAAAAUCCAGUUAUUUCUAAUUCCCCAAUCAACAGCCAAAGGAUGGAGGUCCUACAAGGUCCACUCUUGGGUCCACAGAGAUUUGAUGGACCGCCAAUCGGACACAUGGGACCCCAAAGAUUUGAUGGUGCUCCUGGUCAACCAGGUGCCCCCUCACGAUUUGAUGGUGGACAGCCAGUGGGGGAUUUACGAUUCGAAGGUGGGUUAGGUCCACAGAGGUUUGAUAAUGGACCUGGACAACAGAAUUUUGAUGGCCCGCAAAGGUUUGAUGGCCCACAAAGGUUUGAUGGGCCUCAGAGAUUUGAUGGGCCUCAGAGAUUUGACGGGGGAUUAGGUCCUCAGCGAUUUGAUGGGCCCCACAGACCAUUACUACAGCAGAGGUUUGAUGGUCCCCAGUUAACACCUAUGAGGUUUGAUCAACCAAUGCGAUUUGACACAGUUGGUGGCCAACCUAUGGGUUCAGUGCACUUUGAUGGGCCACAUGGUCCAAGGUUCGAGAAUGCUCCGGGUCCUAGGUUUGAUGGGCCACCUGGUCCGAGAUUUGAUGGACCUCCUGGGCCUAGGUUUGAUGGACCACAAGGUCCAAGGUUCGACGGUCCUCCAGGCGCACGGUUUGAUCAUGGUCUUGGCCCUCAGCCUUUAAUGCGAUUUGAUGGACCCAUGGGGCAGAAUGUACCAAGGUUUGAAAAUCCACAAGUACAUAGAUUUGAAAACCAGCCACCUCACAUGCCAAGAUACGAUGUUAUGCCGGGGCAGCAAUGUCAGAGAUUCGAUGGUCCACCUGGCCACCAGACACCACCAAGAUUUGAUGGACCAAUGCAAAUGCAGCCACGGUUUGAUGGAAUGAUGCCUCAGCGCUUUGAUGGUCCAAAUCAGCAGCCCCGAUUUGAUGUCCCUGGUGUGCACAUGGGGCCACGGUUUGACAAUUUAAAUGCUCCACCCAUUGGGCAAAAUGUGCCACCCUUUGGACAGACUGUGCCAUUUGAACAUCAAAAUAUGUUUCCUGGGCAAUUUCAAAGACCUGAACAAAGGUUUGAUAUGCCACAGGGCCCUGGAUUCUCCGCCCCACCUGGCCAAGGAUUUCCUAACCAACUUCAAAGACCAGCUGGACCUUUCUUUGAUGAUAAAAAUCCGCAAGGGCCUGGAUUUGGACACUUUAAUAUGCAGCCUGGAAAUAUGCAGCCAAAUCAACAGUUUCAGCCCAUGGAUGGUAUGACCCAGCCAGCACCUUUCACCCAAGAACCUUUGCCCUCAGCACAGAUGUCGAACACCGGUGUAUUUGCACACAACCAGCCAGGACCUACGUUUCCUAAUCCAGAAAAUCACUUGGGUCAGCUGGAUGUCAAUGAAUUGUUUUCCAAGCUGCUUUCCACAGGAAUACUUAAAGCGUCUCAGACUGAAACUUCUUCCUCUCAAGCAACAGAAACCUCUUCUCAGCCUACACAAGAGGAGGAAGACGAAGAGCCUUCCGAGGAUCCGGAUGUUCUGGACCUCACUGGUUUUGCUAUGGAGGAUCUGAAACAUCGCCAUGAGAGCGUAAUUACCCGUUUGUACACUGGCAUCCAGUGCUACUCUUGUGGGAUGCGGUUUACCAAAUCUCAGACCGACGUCUAUGCAGAUCACUUGGACUGGCAUUACCGACAAAACAGAACCGAGAAGGAUUUCAGCCGGAAAGUAACCUACCGCAGAUGGUACUACAGCCUAAAAGAUUGGAUAGAAUUUGAGGAAAUUGCUGACUUAGAGGAAAGAGCUAAAAGUCAGUUCUUUGAAAAAGUCCAUGAGGAGGUUAUACUAAAAACUCAGGAGGCUGCAAAGGAGAAGGAAUUUCAGAGUGUGCCAGCCGGACCUGCCGGAGCAGAUGAGAUUUGUGACAUUUGCAAAGAGCAGUUUGAACAGUAUUGGGAUGAGGAGGAGGAGGAAUGGCAUCUAAAGAACGCCAUGUGUGUCAAUGAAAAGAUUUACCAUCCAUCCUGUUAUGAAGAUUAUAAAAAUACCUCCUCCUUUUUAGACUGCACACCGUCCCCUAGUAAAACACUUCUAGAAAACCCACUGAACGCAAUGUUAAGACUCGUAAAGGAGGAAGCGGGAAACGCUUCCGACACCGCAGUCAGAAUAAAGGAGGAGCCCGGCGCCGACACGGCCUCUCACUGCGCCGAAUCCAUCCCUCUGUUAACAGAGAUCAAGCCAGAACCCUAUGAGCCGGUAUAAACCCGCACCUUUUUACAGAGUAAAACCUUCCGCCAUCUAUGAAAGCGAAGAACUUAUAACUGGGGCAGGGCCCCGGUUAACUAUUUUGUUAUUGAAUACAUUUUUGUAUUUGAUUUAUUAUUAUAAUUUUUUUUCUUAUGCUGCCUGCACAGUUUCAUGUGUGACGACAAUUCUGUAAAUGUGUGCAGAUUGUAAAAUCUUAUAAAAAAGAGGUUCUGUAUGAUUUUCACCUUGACUGUAAAUUAUAAAUAAAAUUAUUUUUGCUAUACAUAAAGUGUAAUGUUUAUGCACACCAUUCAAAAGGUUAAAAAAAUAAAAAUAAAAAAAUAAUAAUAAUAAAAAAAAAUUAAAACUGCUUUACUUUUGGUUGGAAAUGUAAUUUUUGCAGAAUUUUCUUAGAUGGGUGUAAUUAAAUAGCAAGUUUUUCAUUUUUUUCCCCUUUGUGAGGACAAGUAAGUUUUUUUUGUUUUUUGUUUUUUCUUCUGUGUUUGGUUUCUAGUGUAGUUUUUAUUUAUGAAUAGAGGAACAGGACGAUGAAUAUCCUGAACAGGUAACAAGGAAAGAGAACUUUAAUUUAAUAGAAGAUAAAGAGAAAUACUACAAAGCAGGAGGCAUGUAGAUACUCUCAAAGGCUUAUUCCUCCAUCUUGACCGCUCGCUUUAUUUUCAGUGUUCACCUUUUCCGAAUGCUUUGAGUACAAAAUAAAUGUUAAGAUUUAAUUACUAAUAAAACAAAAUCUAGA